UCCUGUACCACGGUCGCGAUAAUAAAACUUUGAUGUUUACUACAAGCGCGAAACUCAAUUUUUCUUUUGAUCAAGUCGCGAGAAUUCCUCGUCAAAGUUUCCCUUUGUAGUUGUUUAUAUUGGAUUAGUCUGAAACGAAAUAUAAAAACAACUUUUCUGGAUAUCAAAUUUAAUGGCAAGAAAUAUUGAUGAGGCCUAAACAAUAGCGGAGUUAAAUAUAUUGCCACAACAUGAACGUGACCAUCGAUCAAAACUUCAAAAACGUUUCAGACUUGAUGAACGAUAACUUAACGGAGUAUAUUCCGUACGAGCAACGACCAGAGACCUAUUUUGUACCGGUUUUAUUUUUAUUAAUUUUCGUGGUCGGGUGCCUCGGAAAUGGCACCUUGGUGGUAAUAUUCCUAAAGCAUCGGACCAUGAGGAACGUUCCUAAUACAUAUAUUUUCUCGUUGGCAUUAGCAGACUUACUAGUGAUAAUCACCAGUGUACCAUUCACAUCGAUUAUUUAUACAGUAGAGUCCUGGCCAUGGGGCGAACUGAUCUGCAAAAUAUCAGAAACCGCCAAGGAUAUUUCUAUUGGAGUAUCGGUGUUUACCUUGACGGCUUUAUCUGCAGAUCGGUUUUUUGCUAUUGUAGACCCUUUGAAGAAGUUUCACACCAGUAGUGGUGGUAAGAAAGCAACCCGAAUAACAGUGGGAAUCGCCUUAAGCAUCUGGAUUUUGGCGAUUUUAUGUGCGAUGCCUGCUCUAAUUGGUUCCCACAUAAAAGAGUUAAGAAAUGAGGAUGGCAGUAUCUUCCUGGAGGUGUGCUAUCCUUUUCCCACUCAAUGGUUGAACGGUACCUAUCCCCAAGUGAUGGUGAUGUCGAAGUUUUUGGUGUUGUAUGUGGUGCCAUUGAUUAUAAUUUUCAUUUUUUACGUCAGUAUGGGCAUUUCGUUGAUAUUGAGUACGAGGAAUGCCCCGGGGGAGUUGCAGGGGAUGCAAAGACAGAUAAAAGCACGCAAAAAAGUGGCGGUGACGGUGUUCGUCUUCGUAUUCGUGUUCGCCACCUGUUUCGCCCCCUUGCACAUCUUCAUGUUAUUCUUCUAUUUCAAAGAGAACUUCCAGGAUCUAUACAACCCCUUUUGGCACUAUUUCCGCAUAAUGGGGUUUUGUUUGUGCUACAUGAACUCCUGUGCCAACCCGGUCGCUUUGUAUUUCGUCAGUGGAGCGUUUAGGAAGCAUUUUAAUAGGUAUCUACUGUGUAAAAAACAAAAACGGAACAGAUGUAGUACCUGCACCAGCCCCCACGCCACCACGAUGUCGCUGGUAUCGACCAAACGUCAUCAGUCAAUUAACAAGAAACCGGUGACGACGUCACUCACGCGACGUAACGUCAACGUCAACAACCAGGAAACGUCCGUGACGUUAUUGGGUAACGGUAACAAUGACGUCAACCAAAUUAUAUGAGAACGAAUUGGGAGAAACGUGAUGUCACCUAUAAUGGAAACGGAGGUUUUUUGAACCAACCAUAUGUUGUAUAUACAGUGAGAAAGAUAAGUAUAUAGGGCUUGGACUACUAUAUACAAUAUAUUGCGUUUGAAGACUCUUGAGCAUCAUCAGCUUGUAUAUAUUUAAUAAAUCCAUAAAGUUGUGAUUAUUAAUUAUAAUUUAAAUUAAAUUAAAAGGGGAAUCAGCACCCUAUCAGAUCUUUUUCGAACUUUAUAAAGUUAAUCAAUAUUUAAAUGUAAUUUUGUUUCUCAGGAAAAGAUACCGAAAUUUAAUAUGAUUGAGUUUCAAAUAAGAUUCUUCGGCACGUAAAUUAGAUUUAAAAAUCCAAUCCCUCCAUUAAAUUUGUACAUUGGGAAAACUUUAAUUUAUAUCGGUGUAUUUAUUUGAGUAGAGAGGAAAUAUUGUGUAAAGUUUUGAUGUGAGUGUAUGGCUUUUUCUUAGAUAUCUUGCAUCUGUAAAUGCCAA